AUUGUUGCAUUGAAUUUUCUCUUAGAUCAGCCGGGUAAUGGCCUGGAUCCUGGUGACUCCAUUGCAUUACGUCAAUUAUUGACGCAUGUCCCGGAUGUUGUGAUUAACUGUGACCAUAAGAAGUCAAUGCCACGUGUCAAGCACAUGGUGGGCGUGUGUAUGUUUGCCGAUAUUUCAGGCUUCACUUCUCUGUGUGAGACUUAUAGUCUGAAAGCUUCCGAAGAAUCAUGUGGCACUGACAAACUUACCUCCACACUCAACACGUACCUGGGAAAAAUAGUCGAGGAUAUAUUAAAACAUGGAGGCGAUGUCUUAAAAUUUGCUGGGGACGCUCUGCUUGCCUUAUGGAAGUCAGAGGACACCUCAGGAGACUUGACUCUUUUGAUCAACAAAGCCAUCAUUUGUAGCAUAGCUAUUCAAGAGGAAUGCGACAACUACAUGACUGACGUUGGUGUUCUGCUUGGAGUAAAGAUCGCUUUGUCUGUCGGGAAGAUGCUCAUCACACACGUGGGAGUCUCGGAGAGCAAACACUUCGAUCUAGCAGGGACAGCGGUUGACGACGUGAAUGCAGCUGAGAAGUGGGCGCAGCCUGGGUCAAUAAUUUUGUCACGUUUGGCGUUUAUGAACUGUGAUCAGUCUUUGUUCUUGUUUGAAAUCCUGGACAACGGUUCGCAUUACAGGGUAAGCUUUGUGGUAAUGACAAGCUUAUACAAAUAUCUAUACUACAGGCGGAUGACAUUGGGUGAGGCACAAAAAGGGGGUUUCCUUAAAUUUGUCAAUGUUAAACGACUAGUGAGGCCACUGGAAAGGUACGAUCGUCCUUCAGGACCUCGGGUAGCCGGAGUUAAAGUUGAAGAAGAGUCUUCCACCGUCACCACAGUGCACCCAACAGGAGUUCAGCUAGCCUUGAUGUCUGGUGUGAUAUCCACAAACGCUGUCCUUGUAUCAACACCAUCGGUGGCUAAAAGAAUAUUUGCUCCUCAUGUUGGUACACUGCUUUCACGUUACCAUCCUCAAAUGAAACUUCCCAGGAUCUACCGCAAGAGCAGUCAUUCUGAGCAGAAAGAACAAACAUGUAAAAUCACUGGAAAUCUGUUGAAAAGCAAGAGUUAUCACGACCCUGACCAUCGUACUGACGUUUGCAGUAAGCUUAAUGACCAGGAUAUCGAAGAUCUUCGUGCCUAUGUCUCCAAACCUGUCCUUUCAAAGAUUGACCAUGGUCAGGACCUAGAAUGGCUGUCAGAAAUGCGCCAGGUCUCCGUGCUGUUUAUAAAUAUGGUGCUGCCUUUAAAAGGAAGGUCUCAUUCCUGGGCCCUUCAGAAGGCUUUUGAGGUCAUAUACGAAUGUGCUAAGAGACUGAGAGGUAGCUUGAACAAAGUCUUCUCCUUUGACAAGGGCUGCACGUUCAUAGUGAUAUUUGGUUUACCGGGUGAUAAGCAUGAGGAUGACCCUGCACGUGCGCUGAAGGCUGGACAUAGAAUUCUGGAUUCCCUGCACCAGAUUAUGGAUAUCACGUGAGUGGGGGAUAAGAUUGUUUGUACAGGCUAUAUUUUACGCUAUGUUAGCACGGAACCGAUUCCAAAUAGAACCCGUCCGAGACAACUUCUGUGCACGGGUAGAAGAGAAUUAAAAACGGAGAGAGAGAG